CGCUGCAGUGGGGCCACCAAAAUACCGGCCAAGCAAGCGAGAGGCGGGGAUUUCCGCCCACCACAUGCCUGGUCACACUCCAGAUCUACAGCUGUGCGAUCGGUGGCGUCCCGAUCAAAUUCAACGCUUUUCUUCUGCUUUUGAACCGCCCAGCACCCUCUGCACGAAUCCAAAAUGGAGCCAAUGACCCUGGGCAGCCCUGUAAACAGCCCCGGCUCGAACCAGAGCCAGUACUUGCCGCCCUUCCUGCUGGGCGAUCCACAGGGCCUGACGCCGCACAAGAACACGCUAUCGCCGAAGCCCAGUCGAUACAAUGUCAGUUUCGCCACCUCCCCGGGCGGCAGCAGUCCCCACGAGUUCAACCGCUCCGCCAUGAACACCCGGACUCUGUUCGGCGGCGCCCAAGGAGGCCACAAUGUCUCCCAGUCGGCAGUUGGCGCCAACGCCUCACCCGGCCACGCCCACACUCACAGCCACCACCAGGCGGGACCGCCCACCCAGGGACUCUUCGACUCGCUGCGGGAACAGACCACCACACCGCAGCAACGGCAUCACAGCCUGCUGCAGCUGCAGUCGCCGUACCAGAGCUACCAGAGCAGCUACCAGACCAACGAUUCCUUCGCGCCCGGGGCACCCAAUGCCAUCAACGCCUCCAUGCGGGCCCUGUGCUCGCCGCUGGGCGCCACUGCCUCACCAGGAGUUUCGUCAACGGGCACAGGGGCUGGCAGCUCCCGCCUGGCCGACUUCUGGGUCACCAUCUUCGGAUUCUCGCCCGGAGCCAGCUCUAUGGUGCUGCAGCACUUCACCCUCUGCGGGACCAUUGUGGACGUGGUGCAUGCCCCGCACAACGGCAACUGGAUGCAUGUGCGCUUCUCGUCGCGCAUCGAGAGCGACAAGGCGCUGAACUACAACCACAAGAUAAUCGCCGGCAACGUGAUGGUCGGCGUGGCCCGCUGCACGGAUCGGUCGGUGCUCGACGAGGAGAACAACAGCGGGCUGGCCAAUGCGGAGACGACGCGGAGUCCCCCAACCAGCCCCGUCGCCAUUCGGCCGUUCGCCCAGCAGUCGUACAAGCUGGCCCGCAAUGAAAACACCAUCUCGCCCUCGAAGGAUGUGCCCCAGAAGAGCUCCGGGCUGAUGGACAAGGCCAUGAACCUCAUGUUCGGCUGGUGAGACUGGAGCAAUUUGCAUGGCUUUUUCGGCUACUUAUUUAAUAUUUUACUGCGUACAUCCAGCAUACAUACAUACAUACUUAUUAAAAGAGAUACAAUAGCAAUAGCA